CAUCAUCGUAUGCGUGCGAACGCAGAUCGGAAUAGACGAGGAGAGAAAUCCCCCUACCCCCUACCCUAAGGAUACCCAAAGUAAUCUCAUUAUUCUCUCAGGAUCAUUACGGUGGACGCAGCUGUCUCAGCGGCUGGAUAGCUCGCUCGGGUGCAACCGGCCAUAUGGAUCGCGUUAAUUUCUCUUUUGUUUUUUUGGCAAACUCACUUUAUCAGGGAGUUUAACGGAGCAUUUUUAGAUACGUGUCCAGAUAAACUGUAAUUAUAAUUGCUGUGAUGCCGUGGGUGUUUCAUUCCUCGGCCGCAGAAUGGAGCAGGGACAUCUGCUGUUAAUGAAAUACUGGCACCGCCUGCCUGUUUGGCGAUUUAGGAAUAUUCUGAACCCGGGUCCAUAUACAAGCCGCCCUGUUUAUUUAACCUUGAUGAAAGCAAUUGGCACGGGUCGCACACGGGAUUGUGGUUUUACUUUAUGGCGCUUUUGAAACGAGCCUGUUUGGGUUUUUGAGCCCAGGUUGCGUUUACAGCAUGAGAUACUGCCCCGGAGCUGAUCCUGUGCUUUUCCUUGGUUAGAUAUCACGUAGGAGAUACCCAGUCAGGUCAUGAUGCAGGCUCGGCGUCUCCCCGUCACCCGCUUCCUCCUGUCGCCUUUUUUUUCUCGUGUUGGUUGCGCGGAAGGCGGUGGCGGCGGCAGCGCGGAGAGCGCGCACGAUCCGCCCUCGGAUUUACCGCACCCAGCACGAAUGGCGGCACUGGCGGCUGCGCCAAUCUGCCCACCAAGCGGUUACUUAACAAAGCCGCAAGAUGUGCAGCAUGUUUCUGGGAACGGAUCUGGAGAAGUCGCCUAUAAGGUGCUGAAAAGGAAACUGGCUUUUUACAGACCAGACUCAACUAUGCAUGGAUUCAAGUCUUUCGUUCAGUGAGAGUUCCAAACCCUUCCAGUGACGGCACAAUGGCCAGUGCACAGGUAAGUAUGAGGCCCAGCCACAAGGAGGUGCCGUUGCCCAGGGGCAGCUCCAGGCGCCCGUCUCGGACCCGGGUCACAGAGGUGCCCCUUAAGAAGCGCCUCACAGCAGAGAUCAGCCUAAAACAGCACCGGGGCCCCCCAGGGGGUGCCAAGAUCAAGAGGGAGCAGCUGGAGGAGAAGGAGGAGGCACAGCAGGAAGAGGAGGCGGGCUGGGGCCACGCCCUGGACCUGAGCCCAGGCAUCCGCCACACACUGGCCCAGUUCACGCUGAGCAGUCAGAGCUCGCUGGGGGGGCCGGCGGCCUUCUCAGCACGCGGGGGGCGGGACGAGGUGACAGUGGCGCUGCCCCCCCUGCCGCCACCACCGGCCGGGCCCCUGCUGGCGCCCUGUGACAGUUCGGCAGAGCUGAAGCACACGGUGCUGGAGGGGGAGCCCAUCUCGUGCUUCACGGUGGGCGGUGAGAAGCGGCUUUGUCUGCCGCAGGUGCUGAACUCAGUGCUGCGCGCCUUCUCACUACAGCAGAUCAACGGCAUCUGCGAUGAGCUCUACGUCUACUGCUCACGUUGCCGUGGCAACCAGCUGCACGCACUUAAGGCAUCCGGCGUGCUGCCCCCGGACGCGCCGUCCUGCGGCCUCAUCACGCUGACCGACGCCCAGCGCCUCUGCAACGCUCUGCUGCGCCCCGGUCGGCCUGCGCCUCCCACCACCCCCCCAGUGCCCUUCCCACUCCGAGAGGGUGGGUCCACCUUCCAGGUGGAGCACCGGUGCCUGGGCAAGGGGCGGGGCCUGUUCGCAGGACUGCUUUAUGAGCACCCCGAUGCCUCCUGCAUCCAGUGCGCGCAGUGUGGCCUGCUCUUCUCACCGUGCCGCUUCGUCAUGCACUCGCACCGCCCCCCCGACCGCCGCACCUGCCACUGGGGCUUCGACUCGGCCCGUUGGCCGCGCUACCUGCAGCUGGGCCGCAAAUACCUGGGCACAAUACAGGAGGCGCCAUACAGGAGGCUGCUGCAGGAGAUGAAGGAGAAGUACAGCCAGAGGAACCGCAAGAGGCCCUAUGACACGAAUGACGAUGAUGAAGAGGUGGAUGAAGAGGCCCAGCUGAAGCGCAGCCAUACGCUGUAUGAUGGUGAUGCAGACCAAAAGUCCGCAGGCCGCCCGGAUGUCAAGGAGGAGCCGUGCCUCACCACUGUCACACCACCCAGCUACUUCCUGUACAGGUGCGAGGAUGGGCAGACAGCGCUGGGCAAGGCAGGGGCCCCAGACGGCAUGGGGGUACUGAGCGCUCUGCUGAAACAGCACUACAGCCUGCAGGGGGCGCCAGCACCGGCUGUGGCAGAUGGUGAAGCUGCAUACCAGCACGCUGACUGGCGCCAGCUCCAGCCCGUCGCCAUGGAGAUGUGGCGCAGCAAGAGCACCCAUGCGGUGCCUGCCGUCGAGGACAGGGAGCGCGUGGCCCUGGAGAUGGUGCAGCUGUACAGCAGGCAGCAGGAAGUGCUCAGGAGGACCUUGCAGAAGCACAAGCAGCUGGAGAUGGAAUUAGAGGGGUUACGCAGGCAUGGAGCUGGGGACCAGCAGAAGCCACUGAAGAUGGACCGUGCUGAGCACACUCAGGCAGAGAAGGCAGAUUGCACCGAACAUGCUCAGACCGAGCGGGAGGCGGACCUCACCGAGUGCGCUCAGACAGAGAACGUGCCGGACUGCACUGAGCGUGCUCAGACAGUGAAAGCAGCAGACCGCACUGAGCAUGCUCAGAUGGAGCAGGAGGCGGAUUGCACUGUGUGCGCUCAGAUGGAGCAGGAGGCGGACUGCACUGAGCGCGCUCAGACGGAGCAAGAGGCAGAUUGUACCCUGAAGAGUGGAGAGCAGAAAUCAGAGUUGCGAAGGCAGCGGGCCUGUCAAUGCCUCCACAGCAGGGAGUCACUGCCAGAGGCCCACUAUGCAGCACAGCUGUCAGAGCUGCGACGGAGGCUUGACCGGGCGGAAGAGGACCGAGAGGAGCUGCAGGAGGCAUUGCGGCAGGAGAGGGAGGCCCGUGAGCGACUGGAACGUGUCAUUGCACAGCUCCGCCAGCAGCUGUCCGAGCCCCACCCUGUCACUGGGCCGACAGAUCCUGCCGGCAGCCCCGCCCCCAGCUAGAGCCCGGCACCAGUGCAGAACACCCACCCCGGAGUGCCGCGAUUCUGUGCUGUUUUUGUGUUUCCAUGGAGCCUCUCCUACAGACUGCACAGUAUUUUCUAGAAAAACAUUUUUUUGUGGUUUACACCGUCAUUGUUUCCUGAAGGGUCACAUUUUUCAAAGGGGAAAAAAAAAACACAAGGGAAUGUUUUGUUUCCUGUCCGCAGUGGUACUUAUGUUUAUUUUGGGAGGGCAGAGACACCACACUUGCAAUGGACAGAUGUGCAAACCGACCAAUGCUGUUAGCAUCUCCCCCUUCUCCCGGAGACCCGCUUAGGCCACGGUCUCGGGUUUACCGACAGAUUUUAAGCAGAUUUAACAGGUAAAUGAAAUGUCGGGAGGUGCUUUAGUCAGACAUUAAGAAUGAUGUAACGCCGGGCUUUUUGCAAUGUGAGCUUUAAAAGGUGAGAUGUACAAGGAGAUACGUUUAUCGACUGUGCUGCUGGAAGGGGACCAUGUUCAGGACCUGGUGGGGGGGGGGGGCUGUUUGGGUGUGGCCUGCCUUAUAGGGCUGAGCUUCUGCUCUGUUUGCUGUUGGUUAGCUGCCUUGCACAGGUGACAGCCCCGGCUGCGUCUGCACGCGGGUGUCUGCCUGUGACCGACUGGUGGGUUCAGGACCCAGAAAGGCUGGGUGGAGCCACAAUGAGGCACGAUGCACCUGUUGCUGUCAGUCAUUAACAAUUAUUGAUUUAAUUAUUGAGCUAUCACUCACCCCCCAGGACUGUCACCGACUUCCCUUUAUUUUUUUAAUUUAGCCAGUAGUGAGAGGGGGGUACUUUCUGUUCCUGUUAUUAUUAUUAUUAUUAUUAUUAUUAUUCUUUCAGGUUCUGAUUUGACCCCGUUACUGCUGUAAUAUGUGUGCUUAUUGUCUUUUUACAGUUUAUCCAAACACUAAAAGAGUGAUUACUUUUUACUUUAAAUUCUCUAAGAAAAAUCAAUAUAUUGAUGCCAUAAUGCGAUUCCAUAUAAAGUAAAUGCCUCCUUGAUAUAUUUAAUAUAUAAAGUGAUGAAGAUUUAUAUUGACUUUGUAUAUAGGCAGCGGUCUAAUGUUAUCAGCUACCAUCCUUGGUGAAGGUGGUGGGGGCAUCAGCGCAUCACCAGGGGGCAGUGUGGUGCUUUCAGUUUCGAACCUGCAGCCGUCUGAAGUGGUUUUGCGUGUCAGGCGUGUCUGCUGUCUGAAGAUCGUCUGCCCCGAUUGCAGUGGAAAACUCGAUCCACUAGGGGGGCCGCUUCCCUUUCAUGUGGGCCUUUCCUUUCUACGCAGAGCACCACCUGGAUGUUUGCCGUUUCGGUGUAUUACCGGUGUCAGUUAAUAAAAGAUGAACUCUUAAUAAAAUAUUGUUUUUCUAUA